AUGUUCGACUGGAAGUCGGAAAAGACGCCUGAGUUCGAGCGGCUGCCCGACUCGGAGGACGCUGAGCAUCUCCUUUCCGACACCGAACGGUCCUCCAUCGACGCGCAACCUCGAAGACGCUUUUCAAGAGGUGGUCCUUCAUGGCUCGCUGCAGCUAUUCUACUGGUAUUUACAGCAUUCAUAUCAGCACUGGUUGGUGCCUGGGUGGUGCGAUUCGAGCGUCUUGACGCCGAUGCGUUCAGCAUCCGACACACUUCGCAAUACUCUCCUAUAGUUGACGAGGUCGGCAUUCAAUGGAGUCUAGUCAGAUUCAAUGGCUCGCUUUUGAAGUCGAAUGCGUUUAGGCAGGAUGCUGGGCCGGAGGUCGAUGCGGCGUGGAAGUCUUUGGGCGCGGACUACCACGCUGCGAGGAUCCCGAUUGAGCAGGCUGCGCGCUCUGGCCUUGCGCCCGAUCAGGUGAAAGUUAAGGAGAAGUAUGGCGGAGGAUAUCCAGCGCAUGUAGAGGGGUUGCACCACUUGCACUGCUUGAAUCUUCUCCGCAAAUCCCUGGCCUGGAACUUCGCCUACUACCAAAAACAAGGCCUGGGGCCCUUCUCCAACGAGCCCGACAUCCUGAAAUACCACGUCACGCACUGCCUCGACACGCUCCGCCAGCAGCUGAUGUGCACCGCGGACAUCGGCGUCCUUGGCCAGGUGUGGUACCAGCCUCCAGGGAAGGGCCCGGAAGCAUUCGUGGACUUCAACACCGUGCAUAAGUGCAGGAACUUUGACGCGAUUAGGGAGUGGGCGGAGAAACAUCAGUUGCCGGGUAAGGAGGAUGUGCCCGUGGAUUUCUUGGAGCCGCCGAGGGAGGGGGAUAGGGUGUGGCAUAGUGUUCCGUAG